AUGACAAGGAUAUUUGAGCCUAUCCUUCAUAGUGCUCUUAUUUAUAUAGACGAUAUCCUUCUCUUCUCCAAAGAUGUUACGGCCCAUAGGACACUCCUCUCUACAUUUCAACAAUUGGUAAAUUCCUAUGGAAUUAUGCUAUCAGAAAAGAAGAGCUCACUGGCCCAAACUGAUAUCGACUUUCUUGGAAUGAAAUUCAAGGAUGGAAAAUACCAACCGGUACCUCACAUUGCAGAAGAAUUACUGAAAUUCCCUGAUAAGGACUUAACACUGUCAAAAAUGCUUAAGAAGGAUGCCCCAACGUGGAAGCAAGAACAGACAUGUGCAGUCAAAGCAUUAAAAGAAGUAGCUCUGAACCCGCCACCACUAAAGAUUCCCAAAGAUUGGACAUUUGAUCCUUCGUGA